CCUAAAUAAAUAAUCAGUCGUCGUUGUUCCGCAGUCGCCACCGCACCACCACUCGUUCCUGUAAGACCCGACCAUUUCCACCAACCACCCGGCUUUGCAUCGCCUGACCUCUCAGCGCUCGACUGUGCCUCGAAAGUGUGGGCCCAUCACAUCGGCUCCCCCUCGCCGAUAUCUCCUGAUCUUCACCUGAGAAUCCUGAGACGACUGCCCCUACCGCCCUGACCUCAGUGACCUGACCGAACCGUCGCCAUGGCCGUCAACUGGAAUGCCUUCCUCACUGACGAAGGCCUCACUCUCCCUGAUGAACAGUGGUCCGAUUUCCAACAGACAUCAACCGAUCCCUUCUUUCUUUCGCAGCAGCAAAUGCCAAAGCCAACUCCAACCCGCAAGCCCGCCGCAGACGGAGGCGACCUGACGGGCUUCGACCCUCUGUUCAUCGGCCCCAAUUUCGCAGACUCGCUCUUCAAUAAUCCAAACGACUACUUUCUCAGCGACCUCGAGAUUCUGCAGCCGUUCGGUGACACCCUCGCUGGAGAGACCACCUCGGAAUCCUCCCCGGAACCUACCUCUGGAGUCUCGUUGACGGGACCCUUCACUCAGACGGACGUGCCGUCGUCGUUGUCGCGGACACCAGCGUCGGCGUCGACGGGUCUGGAUCAGUCACCUCAGAUGGGCAACCUCCAGCAGCAACAAAGACGCAACGUGUCGCGGGCACAACCCUUCGCUAACCCCGCCUAUGAGUCCAUGUUCCCUCACAGCCUGAACUUGGGAUUUGUAGAAGGGCUCUCCUUCCCCAACGGAACGACCGGAAAUGCCAACCCGUCCGAUUCCAACGAGAAGAGCUUCAACGAAGAGACUACUAUCAAGAGGAGUAAAAAUAAGCCGGACAUCUUAUCUGCAUGCUGGACAUCGCCACUCUGCCCCAACAAUAGUACCGAUACCGAUGACCCUCCACCGAAUCCCUCCAAUUGCGGAGGCGGCUGUGCUCCCUUCCUCUUUGCCCCCGACGACAAUCUGCGCACACCCACCAUCGACAACUCCAUCAACGAGCCCCAGGAAGUCAUAGCCGAAGACGGCAUCGUCGAGAUCCAACCCCGUCCCAAGAAGCGCUCAGAAAGCGAAUCCUCCUCCUCCGAACCCACAGGCCGCCACUUCCCCAAUCCCAACGCCUCCCCCAGGACCAAUUCCAACUCAAACUCCACCAAAACCACCUCGAACCCCAACGACACCCGCCUGAAAACCGAAUCCUCCGAAAACCCCUCACCCCAACAACAACCUUCCCAAGCCUCAGCAACCGCAGACGACGCCUCCAAGCCGAAACCGCGCCGCCGCCUCCCGCACAACCAGGUCGAGCGCAAGUACCGCGAAUCCCUCAACACGCAACUCGAGUCCCUACGGCGCGUCGUGCCCGCCCUGCAGCAGCCGCCGCGGCCCGCCUGCCCGGACGGCGCCGACAUUGAAGAUCUCCCGGCUCCCAGCAAACCCAGCAAGGCCGUCAUCCUGGCCAGCGCGACGGCGCACAUCAAGCAGCUGGAGAAGGAGAACAAGACGGUUCAGGAGGAGAAUCAGUUGCUCAGGGCGCGGAUCAAGGCGUUGCAGGCGCUGGUCAAGUGCGAGGAUUGUAGUCUCAUGCAGUAUGUCAUGGAUUUGAAGAUUAAUCCGGGUCAGGGCGGUGUGGGGGGUGUGGGGGGUGGGCAGCAGCAGAUGGUGCCGCAGGCGAAGUGUGCGUCGUAGGGGUUGAAGGGGGAGGGAAGGGUCCGGUUUGGA